UGUAACUGCAAAAACGUUUACUACGCCUCGAAUAUCAUACGUGUACAAACAUUAAAGAAAAAAAUAAUACACGAGAUCAAGUGUCAAGCGUUGGUGAGACUAAAUUAUUACAUUAAAAACUACUACGAAUUACAUUUUAAUUACAUUCUAUCAUGCGCAUAUGCCUUUGGCUUUUAAUAUGCGCACCAAUUUUAAUUUUGAUCUAUGGCGAUACAACUGAACGUAACGAUGAUUACAAGUGUACACUUCCGGAGCUCACGCUAGACGACUUGAAUUUAGAUAUGAAACAAUUUUUGGAAAAUUUCGCAAAAGUUAAAGAGAUAAAAUUUCCAAUAUCGUUUGGACCACUACCGGAGAAAUAUAUUUGUAAAUUGAAAUGUGUGGAUGGAUAUUGGGUAGGCCCUCUGUGUUCAAGUUCACCAGAUGGCAGAUUUAAGACUCUCCUGAAAGAAUGCACUUACAAUAAUGAUUUUCCGCUAUUAUCAGUUUCGUAUAAAAAUUCUUCUAUUGAGAAUGAUACAAACUUUCCGCAUAACACAACUAUUACUGCAAGGUGCAAAUACUUCGGCAUGUAUAAACUAAAGGGGGAGAAUGAAAUACGCUGUGAAAAUGGCGAGUGGGAUCCGAAAUUUCCUGAAUGCGUACCAACCACAGUCAUAACAAACUUCACAGGCGAUGCUCCACCGACAGUAAGGUAUGAGGUAGCAAGUGGUUCCGCUAUUGUACAACCUACUGGUGAAGUGUAUGUUUACCCUGAGAGCACCAUAUGGCUUGAUUGUAUGUCACUGAGAACCGCUGGCGAACCAGAAUGGACAUGGACUCAUAGUAUGGAGAACUAUAAAACAGGAUGGAUCAAUGAACUAGACAAUAUAUUUCGUAUUACUCUGCCUAAGCUUGGCGCUCGUUUUGCUGAAACAUUUACCUGCGCUACACCAGCUGGAACUACAAACAAGAUAUCUAUCAGAGUUGUUAGUGUUAGUUGCAAUCCUUUAGCAACAUCGUCACCUCCAUUGAGACUGUAUACUACGGGCAAUAAGCUUGGCAAUACUGCUCAUUUUAGUUGUGAACCUGGCUACCAUCUCAGUGGAUCCCCUCAACUCCAUUGUAUGGGAAACGGUCAUUGGUCUUCUUUACCACCCACUUGUGAUGAGACUUUCUGUCCAUUCUUCACGUCCCUCAAUCCUCACUUAAGUAUCAUUGAACACAAUUCUUCAUUCGGAGGAAGAGCUGUGUUCACUUGCUCCUGGGGAUACCGACUCGUUGGAGCUCCAGGAUUAGAAUGUGAGCAUGAUGGCCAAUGGUCUGGGGAUAUGCCACAAUGCAUACCGAUAUACUGCCCUGAUCCUAUCAUACCGGAACAUGGACAACUUUUGACGAAAACUAGAUCAAAAGACGGAAAAUAUCCCGUGGGUGACCUCUUAAUCUAUACCUGUGAUACUGGUUAUCAAGUUUUAGGUGAAGCCUCCAUCGUGUGCACAGAAAAUGGCUUUUGGUCCCACCCACCGCCGUUUUGCCUACCACCCGCGGAAAUUAAAAAUCCAGAUACUAUUUAUAUAGAAAAUACCACUUUAGUUCAUGUUGACAAUGCCUAUUGAUUUGAGUUAACGAUAUGUAGGCACUAUAUGUAGAGUAUUGUUAUAUAUUGCAAACAUUGGCAUGCAUUAAUCAUAGGGUAAGAUUAAGAACCGAGAGAGAGAUGCAAUAAUAUGAUUGCCAUAAAAAAUGUUUAUUAUGUAAUAUAAGAUACAGGUAUCACUUAUUGCACGUCAUUAAAUUUCUGUCGGUACACAUGGCUAAUCGGCAAAGAAUACAAUUGUGUGUCCGAGAGAAAAAGCUGGCGCAAAAAAAUUCUCGUUACUCUUUCAAAAUAGCAAAUCAUCUUACAAAAUGACUAUGGCAAACAUAGAUAGAAGAAACCAGAUAAAGGGAGAUACCAUCCGCUCUUUAUCUAUAUUAAAUUGCAAAACUGAACGGAAACCUCGCAGACCAGUUUCCGGAACGGCACGAUGACGUGUGGGCCAGCCGUCGUUUUACUCAACCAUAUUUGUGGGAAUCAAAGGACCAGUCACACAACGCCACCGCCCCAGUCACAUUUGAGUGAGCAUGACUUCUCCGGGUUCCCAGUUAAUAAAACUAAACCUAGUGGCGCAUGUCACGCAUCACUCUUCCUCCAAGCUCAACAAGCUGGCACGAGAAAACAGACAGCAAGAAGUGCCAAAUAUCAUGCCACUGCCAUUCGCCACAAAACUUUUUUAAAAACAAAUAUCUCAAAUUAAUUAGAAUAUAUCAAAUAGAUUUCAUCCCAAGUACUAAUUUGUUUCUUUCGGUCACAGAAUAAACACAAUUUGCCAGAAACAGGCAUAUAUUAUGCCUUACUCUUUUAACACAAGUAAUGUUCAAAGAGUAAGUAUCU